AUGAACCACCACACCACCAUCACCCAUAACAAUCAAAUUCAUCAGCGUAAACAGAAGCAAGUUGCAGAAGACUCGCCGCCACCGGCGAUGGCAGAGACUAACAACAAUAACUAUAAUCUGAAGGAAGUUGCUACCGACGACUCCCCGGCCACCGCCGGCGACUCCAGUGUCAGGCCGCCGCCGCAGCAAAUACCAAACAUCGCUGCGCCGUCGCCGCUCUCCUUCACUGCCUUCUUGAUCUCCGGCAUUGAAGCCGACCGGAAUUUCGAGCAAUUGUUUAUAUAUCAUGUAACACUAAUUCAACACAAUCAAACGUCGCCUUCGACUAAAGUCGAAAAACUGACGAAGAACAUUCACGGUUUCAUGCAGGAAGAGAGGCUAAUGCAGGAAGCGGGAAUCGCGGCCGCGGCCAAAAGGCUGAAGGAGAAAGAAAUCGAAUUAUCGUACAACAGGGCGAGGGCAAAGAAGGCGGAGGUGGAGAGGAAGGCGGAGGAGCUCCUAACAGAGGCGACGAAGCUGGCGGCGAAGAAGGUGUACUUAGAGAAGGAAAUGUUGCACCUCAGGGCGGAUUUGCAACAAGCUGCAGCCGCCCGGCGGCAGGCAGAGGCGGCGGCGCGGGAGCAAGCAGAGUCGUUGAAACGGAGGGUGAGGAUCGACUGCCGGAGGUGUAAUCGGGUGGGAGUGGCAACGCUGCAGGUGAUGCCGUGCUGCCACAUUUCCGUCUGCCGGCAGUGCGAACCGACGACGAGGUUUUGCCCGAUUUGCCGGACGUGGAAAACCGGCGCCGUUGAAGCUCCUCUGUAUAGCCCCGACGACUAA